GUAAAACCUACCUAUUCCUACCGACGGCGAAGGAAGUUUGGGAGGUAGUGAAAGAGACAUACUCCGAUGGUGAAAACGCUGCCCAAAUCUUAGAGAUAAAGACUCGACUUUGGCAGACCAAGCAAGGUGAGAGAGAAGUCACGGAUUAUUUUCUGGAGAUGACACAACUAUGGCAAGAGCUCUACCUCAGCCUUGAGGAGGAGUGGGAAUGCACUAGUGAUAGUGGGAAGAAUCUUAGGCCAGCGACCGUUACCAACCACAAGAGACGUGUUUGCAGAGGUGUAAUUGGGCUUGAAAUGAAUGGAUCACCUUCAAAUGGGCCAAAACAACUAAGGGGAAGUCCAUGGUACAAAUACUGUCGAAAAUCGGGGCACAAGGAAGAUACGUGUUGGGACUUACACGAAAAAUCCAAUGAUUGGAAACCAAGACAAAAUUCCAAAAAUCGAGGAUAUCAAGCAUCAGUUGAUCCUACUGGAAAUCCUAAGGAAAAUAAUUCUACUGCAGGAAGUGCAUUUAAUCCUAAACAACUGGAACAGUUGUAUCAAAUUUUCUCCAAUCUACAAAAUUCAGCUCGUCUUUCCACCCACAAUCCUUCAAGUUCACUAGCUCACAAUCCCUCGAAUUCAAGUGCGUCUGAUCACAUGACGGACUCCUAUCACCUCUUCUCUACAUAUAUACCAUGUGCUGGUAAUAUCAAAGUCAAGAUUACAGAUAGAUCACUCUCAACUGUUGCAAAAAAAGGGAGUAUCCAAAUAUUUGAAUCUAUUACACUAAACUCAGAUCUAUCAUCGAGGAAGACGAUUGGCAGUGCUAGAGAGUAUGCGGGUCUUUACUACUUUGAAGAAGCAGAUAUAACAAAACAUCAACUAAGUGUAUUUCCAAAAUUUGUAUAUAAGCCAUCUAAACCAUUUACUAUAAUCCACAUCGAUUUGUGCGGACCUUCACGAAUCCCUAAUCGUAAUCACAGAAAAUGGUUUGUUACAUUCAUUGACGAUCAUACUUGGCUAUGUUGGGUCUAUCUACUAAAGGAAAAAACUGAUGUUCGUUCAGUAUUCAUCAAUUUUCACUCAAUGGUUCAAACACAAUUCCAAACCAAUAUCCAAAUCCUCCACACAGAUAAUGGUACCAAAUACUUCAAUUCUAUAUUACGAGAUUACCUACAAAAAUAUGGGAUAAUACAUCAGAGCUCCUGUGUUGACACUCCCCAACAAAAUGGGAUAGCUGAACGUAAAAAUAGACACCUCCUUGAAGUUGCCUGUGCCCUAAUGUUCACAACAAGAUUGCUGAAAAUUCAUUUGGGAGAUGCCAUCCUAACAUCUACCUACCUUAUCAAUCGAAUGCCAAGUCGCACACUUGACUUUGAAACACCUCUCCAAAAAUUUCAGAAACUUUUCCCUACCUCACCUCUAUACUCUAAUCUUCCCUACAGGUUAUUGGUUGUACAGUUUUUGUCCAUGUUCAUGCUCACAAUCGAAAUAAACUAG